CUUCGAUGCCGAUAGCUCGGUUAAGUUGACUUAUUUUCAUUAUUCAGAAAAAAUAUUUUUUUCUUCUCAAAUAUAAGUGUACCAAGCCGAGCCAUAAAUUUGAAUGAGAUAUCGACGUAAUUUAAAAUUGAAAUUUUUUCUCCAUUCAAGAAAAAAAAUCCAUUCGGAAAAAUGACUUCAGAACCAAAAAAUAGUGUGUCAGGUGAAAAUUUGCGACAAAAUGUGCUGUUGGCAACAUCGGGAACGAUUGACACAUCGGACACAUUAAAAAGUUCAAAAAUUGAGAUGGCAGAAUCGGAAUCGAGCAGCGAUUCGGGCAGAGAAACGUCGAAAAAAAGUUGUUGGAAAAGUGUGUUUAAUUUACGUGAGAAUUUAGUGAAAAGUAAAAAUACUGCAUGUGUUACGAAUGUAACAAAUAAAUAUGAUGAGAAAUCAUUAAAUAGCGCUUGUAUCAUUAGCAGUGCGGCAUCUUUAUCGAAACGCACAAAAAAUCAAAUUGAUACGCAAAACAAUCCACAUGAUCCACAUAGUCUGGAUGAUACGGGCGAUUGCAUAUCGGAGCUGAUUGGACACAUCGGUUUGUGGCAAAUUGUAUGGGUGAUCUUUCUCAUAAUGUUCCAAGUACCGUCUGCAUUUCAUAUUUUCUCCUUCAUGUUUCAGUCAGUCGAACGUGAUUUCUGGUGUGCGAUUCCAGCUGAACACCAAUCAACGACCAAUCUAUCGUUGUCUGAUUGGCGUAAAAUUUCACAACCAAAUGGCGCUUGUACAAUUGCAAAAAAUAUCUCGCAACAACUACAAAAUGCUCUUAAUUCAUCUGAUGCGACAGUCAUUGAUGUACAAAAAUGCAGCAGUUUCGUAUUUGACAACGAAAUCAGCGAAUCAACAAUUCAAUCCGAGUGGAAUGUGAUUUGUGAUGACUCUACACUGUUGAAUGUGAUUGAAAUGUGUUUUUUGGCCGGUGCGGCUAUUGGUAGCCUUUCGAGUGGAACACUAUCGGAUGAAUAUGGCAGACGGCAUACUCUCAUGAUUGUCGUCGCAUUGCAGGCCAUAAUCGGUACUACACUUGCUGUUGUUAAAUCAUUGAUACCUUAUAUGGUUCUGCGAUUCGCUUUGGGAUUUGUAUCAAUGUCAAUUGUGAACAUUUCGUUCGUACUAACCGUUGAAAUGGUAACAGGGAAGUGGUCUUCUAUCAUUGGAACAUUGGAUUUGCUACCACUUCCGAUUACGUACAUCGUACUCGCCGGCAUUGCAUAUAUUGUCCGAAAUUGGCGUUCUUUGCAACUCAUCAUUUCAAUACCUUGGUUUGCACUUCUACUCUUUUGGCAUGUAUUACCCGAAAGUCCAAGGUGGUUACUAGCGAAAGGUCGAGUGGAUGAACUGAAAAAAAUCAUUGAAACGGCCGCUCGUUGGAAUAAAAGAACACUGCCACCAAACUAUGAAAAACUCUUAAUAUUUCCACCUGCCGAGGAUGCCGAUGGAUCAUUCAUUGAUCUAUUCAAAACGGAAUACCUUCGAACUACGUUACUUCUUAUGGUCGCUUGGUACACACUAGUAUUACAAUACAUGGCUAUAACCCUUCAUAUUGGAGAGAUGGGAGGGGAUAUUUACCUAACAACAGUAUACGCCGGAGCAUUCGAAGCAUUUGCUAUAAUCAUCUCAAUAUUUACAGUAACUAAGUAUGGCAUUCAAAAGAAUAUUUUAGUGAAUAUUUUCGUUGCUGGCCUUUGUUUGCUAUAUAUUGCCAUUUUUCCGAAUGCUGAAUGGACUUUGGUCGUAUUUUUGGCGAUGCUUGGCAAAAGUACCACCGGAGUUGCAAACGCAAUGAUCCCAGCUUUCACCAGCUUCCAAUACCCUCCAACGUUGCGUACACGCGCAAUGGGAAUGACCAAUUUUUCAGCUGGUUUCGCCUUGGUUUCGGUUCCAUACAUUUGGCUACUAAAACACAUCGAAGCUUAUCUACCGCCGUUGAUACUUGGACUAUGCGGACUGAUUGGAGCGUUGGUCUUAUUCUUCAUCGAUGAUCGAACCGCAAAUAUAUUGACAGCUGAACGACCACCACGAAGACACCAUACAAGUCAACAACAACUAGGAACGACCACCACUUGGCUUUAGUCAAUCUUUUCAUAUAUAAAUUAAAGUUAAUGCAGUACAAAAAUCAAAGUAAGUCGGAUUCUAUUGAGCAAUUUUUGUUUUUUCAUGCUCAAUCGAAUACAAUCAGAACAAAGAAAUCAGUGCAUUUGCUGUUUGGAUGUUUACUUUAAAUUGGUUCCUGACUUAUUUCAGUGAUUAUUUUGCAUAAAAAAGGGACAAAAAAUCUAUUUCGUUGCACUUCUAUUUCAAAUGGAAAAUUGAAGAUACUUCUUUGAACCAUUUUUUUUUUACAUUUUUAACGGUAUUUCAAGUUUAAAUAUUUGUAUAAUUCAUAUUAUGGCGAUAAUUCAUUGUUCACCAAAUCAAAUGUAACCUUAUUUUUACA